AUGGAAUUUCCAAACACGCCUAGUCUAGUUAUUCCACAUGGUUCUCAUUCUUCAGGAAAAUGUGGCUAUUGUAAACAACAAAAUACCGAUGAACAAAAAACAACAUGGGGUAUGACAGCUGAACAACUCACUGUAUCGGACUAUCAAUAUUUGAUUGAUCGUGGCUGGCGUCGUUCAGGGACUUAUUGUUACAAACCUUUGAAUAAAGUCACCUGUUGCCCAUCAUACACAAUUCAAUGUGAUGCUUUAAACUUCCAGCUGAAACGUUCACAUAAAAGAGUGUUGAAGAAUAUGUGCGAUUUCUUGAAGUAUGGAAAAUUAUCCAAUGUUAAGAUAGUAGACAAUUUGGAGCCGGCUAGUACACCUGAAAGAAAUGAUCAUUGUGAAGGAAUUCCAACAGACGAAGGAGCAGGAGAUCUUCGGGUAUUAUCGACUCAAAGUGUCACUGGAAUUCAGCAAGACAGAAGGCAAUCGGAACAACAUUGUGCUGUCGACCAAACAGAUUGUUCUGGUGAUAAAGUGGUCUCGUCGUCGUCAUCAGCAUCAUCAUCACGCUUUGAUGGCGGUAGUUCCAUUUCAAAUAUUGAUUAUACUAAGAAUUAUCCUAAAUCCCCACUAACAACGAUACCGACAGCGACAGCAGCAGGCGAUGGAGUUCCUGUUACAUGUGUUAACAGUCAUAGUAAUACUAAUACUACUUCUAAUAGGCCAACGAAAGCUCAUGUUCGUCGAUGGAUAGCAAAACAAGAACAUUUACGUCAAAGAAGUUUAAAAGAGAACCGUUCAUACGAAACUUUAUUACAGGAGUAUUAUUCAAGACGCCAAAAACGUUUAGAGAAGAAUAAACCGAAACAAGUAGAAGAUUUUCUCCAACGUGAACCAUCCAAAGGUGAAGGGAAACAUUUUCUUGAAAUUCGUUUAAUACGUACAACAUUCGCGUUCACAGAUGUAAAUUAUGAAUCAGCUUUAAAAUUAUCUCAUAAAAUUUAUGAACAAUAUCAAAUUCAUAUUCAUAAAGAUGAUAUCAAUGAUUGUAAUUGGGAACAAUUUAAACGAUUUUUAAUUAAAUCUCCAUUAGUAUUGGAUAAUCCUGAAUGGAAUUCCACCCUUACCCCUAUGUUUGGUUCAUAUCAUCAACAAUAUUGGCUUGAUGGUGAAAAAAUAAUUGCUGUCGGUGUAAUCGAUAUCCUCCCGAAGUGUCUUUCAUCAGUUUAUGUUUUCUAUGAUCCACAAUAUGCAUUUCUACAUCUUGGCACGUAUACAGCACUGCGUGAAAUUGCUUUCGUUCGACAGUUGGCCAGAACUUCUACUAGUACUAAUGAUCCAAUGUAUUCAAAUUUCAAAUCAUAUUAUAUGGGUUUUUAUAUCCAUUCAUGUCGUAAAAUGUCCUAUAAAGCCCAGUAUACACCAGCCUAUUUAGCUUGUCCUGAAACCUACAAUUGGUUGCCUAUAGCGGAAUGUUUAAAAGCAUUAAAUGCCUCACCAAAUAAAAAGUAUGCUCGUUUCUCUGAUUUGUCGGCUGUUGAUCUCAAUGCUAUCCCUAAAUGUAUUGAUAUGGAUACGUUGGAUUCACAAAUAUACUUUUGUAUUAUAUAUAUGAAUGAUAACGAAAAUGACAGUGGUGGUGGAGAUGAUAACGCCAAUUAUAAUGAUAAUAAAUCUCUAAGAUCUCCUCCAAUCUCAUUGAAGGCGUUACGUUCACGUUUAAAUCGGCGGUCAAUACCAAUAUUUCGUGAAUGGGCUAAACUUUUAGGCAAUCGUGUAUUAUCUGGACAUUUUCAAAUUAUAAUUCAUUCUCAAUAA